AAGAGGAAGAAAGAAAGGCGGAUUUGAGAGAAAUCGGUAAUUUUCAGGCUCACUCUCCUCGCCGCGGAAUCGCCUUUCGAGCCUCGAAGGGACUCUAGGGUUCAAAGAAUCUACCCCAAAAAUUCCCCUUUUCUCUUCUCUUCAGCUCCGAUCAAGUUUCUAAGGUGUUCAAGAGUUUUGAAAAGAUGGGACAGAGUGGCAAAGAUGAAAUUAUUGUCCGCGAGAUGGAGGCAUCUCAAUGUGCCAGUGCCAUGGUUGAGAUAAAUAUAAAGACAUUGGAUUCUCAAACGCACACCUUACGUGUUGAUAAAUGUGUCCCUGUUCCCGCAUUGAAGGAGCAAAUUGCUUCCGUUACUGGCGUUGUUACAGAACAACAACGCUUAAUAUGUCGUGGACAAGUAAUGAAGGAUGACCAACUCCUAUCAGCUUAUCAUGUUGAAGAUGGCCACACUCUACAUAUGGUUGUCAGACAACCCAUUCCACCAUUAUCAGAGAGUGCAGCUAGUAAUGCAGCGGCUGAUCCUGCUUUGAGUGCCGGUGACAGCCAGGGCAGUCAACGAUCACGAGUUGUAGUAGGAUCCUUCAACAUUGCUGAGCAAGCAGAUGGAGCUUAUUCAGACCUUGGUCAGAUUGUUUCAGCUGUUCUGGGUUCACUUGGCAUCUCUAAUACAGAAGGUGCUUUUGAAGGGAUUGAGGCUCUGGGUCCUCUUCAUGAGAGGCUGUCUCGGAGUUCUGGUCCUGACGCUGCAAGAGAUUCUUCUGGAGCAAGAUCUGUCACACCAAAUGCUAUGGAUCAGACGUCUACCCCCUUGACAUCUUCACAACCAGCAGCGGUUCCAGAUUCGUUGACUACCUUAUCUGAAUAUCUGAAUCAUCUGAGACAAGAAUUUGCUACUAAUGGCAGCAACGCUAAUAACUUGCAAAAUUCUGAAAAUUCAAUGGGCAAUGUGCAAGCUUCUGGUUCUACUACUGAAGAGUGUCGGAUCCCAAGACCAUCACAUUUAGCAGAAGUAUUACAAUCGACAAGGCAAUUGCUGACCGGUGAAGUAGCAGAUUGCAUAUCUCAUGUCGCAAGGCAGCUCUUGGAUCAUAGAAAUGUGACUGAUCCGUCAACCCGAAGGUUGUGCCAGUCAAACAUGCUUCAUUCAGGGUCCCUCUUGGAGAAUUUAGGCAUUUUACUUCUGGAGCUUGGCCGUGCCACCAUGAUGCUCCGUUUGGGACAAACACCGGAUGAUGCAGUUGUUAAUGCUGGGCCUGCAGUGUUCAUAUCCCCUACUGGAAGAAAUCCCUUGCCGUCCCAAUCCUCUCGGCUGGGAGCAAGUAUUGGAGGGUUACAAGCAGGAACUGCACAUUCUAGCGCUUUUACUGGGCCAUCGCUUGCCUCUGCCCCAAGAAAUAUUGAGAUAAGAAUACGCACAGGAUCUUGGAUGCCCUCUGGUGGAGCCAAUCAGAGAGAAGAAACUACUACACAACAAACUCCUGGGCAGGCAAUCCCUUCUGCAGCCAGCAUCAUCACUGAUUCUGUCCCCUCAAUGAGAGUGCCAUCUGAAAAUCCUCGAAAUCCUGUGGCCUUAGUUAUACCUGUUGUUGCAAGAUAUCCACAGGGAUCUUCUGGUGAACGUAGCUCUACUGGUAUUGAUGGUGUACAUCAGCCUGUUGCUGAAUCCUCUAGGCAGCCACAGAGCACCAGUACUCCCGGAAGAGAAGGUGAUAGCAAUUCUUCUCCAGGCGGUCGAGGUUUGUCUGAGUUGAGGAAUAGAAUCCAUCAAUUUUUGAGGCCCUUAUCUCGACGAGAACAUGUUCAAGUGGGGACCCCCCAGUCCCAGGUUGCAGCAAAUCCGUCUGCCACAGCGACCACAGAAACAAACGAAGCAGUUGCAAAUGCACAAGUAGAGCCGGCAACGGGGACAGAUGAAGGGAAUUUCAUAUCAAGUGUUCUUCAACAGAUCAUGCCUUUUAUAUCUCAAAACGUGCCCUCCUCAAGCUCAGAUGAAGCUGCAGGCAGAGGCAGCAACAGCGGUAGACAAGCGUCGUCAAGAGAGGUGCAGGAGGAGGAAGGUGCAGAGCGAGGAGAUUCAAGUCGGAGAUCUGAACUAUCGCCUCCAGAGUCUAAACGUCAGAAGAGAGAGUGAGAGAUUGUUGGCGGGAAAAUCAAAAGAGUGGAAGCACACUUUUUGAAGAAUGAUAGUUUUUUUUGUUGCUUCUUUGGUACUUUAUUCUGAGCUCUGUGAGAUUGUUGACGGUGUCAAUGGUAGUGGUGGUGUUACCCAAAACAUGUCCAUUUUUUAUUUUUAAUGAUGUUACUUCCGUCAGAUUUUGUAGAGUCAAUUAUAAUAAACUUAAGUGCAUAUACAAGACUUUCAAACAAGAA